AUGGACAAAGUGUCCCAUACUAACUUGCACAGCCCAUUUGUUCCAAGAUAUUACCAACUAGACCUCAUUUUGCCAACUAAGAAAGGACAAAAUAUAAUAAUAUUGUUUUAUAUCUUUGUGGAUCAGAGCCACAGGCGUUUUGGAGCACUAUCUGAACAGGCCCCAGUGUGACAGAUUGUAGAGAAUGAUGACAUCAUCAUUUGAAUUCUUGUGAACAGCCUUAAAAAUGGAACCUAUUCCUUCACUCUCCAUCUUCUCUUUGAUGUAUUGGAUGAAUGCCGCAACACCAGUGAGCUCCACUUGUAUAAUAUGUUCAUGUUGGAUUAUCUAGAUCAGAAGUGUGGAGGAUCUUCAGACUCACUGCUAAAAUGUCAUCAGGCUAAUGCUUUGUUUGGCGUCGGGGAUGCCAAAAACAUAACUGAAAACAUGGCAUGUAUCUGCAAAAUGUGUGCUUCUCUAGACACACCAGUGAUAGCAGUGGAGGAACUGGAGGCAGUUGUUUAUAAGCCCCAGCAAUAUUUCUGGAAAGUGGAAAUAUGGACUACCAAUACAUUUAGAUGCAUUAUAUCUCAACUGAUGAGUGAGAGGAUACAACAAAGAAUAACUAUGUUGAAACUCAAUUUUCAUUUUAAACAGAAAUAUGCCCUUAUUUUCAGUGACCAUAUUGGAAUCAAAGAUGCUCUGGAUUACUUGAAAGACUUCUUCAACAAUGUCUGAGCAGCUGUAUUUGAUGAGACUGAGAAAGAGCUCACUCAAAGAUUUCAAGUGAAACUGUCGGAACUAGAGAUUGUUUCCAUGGAUUCUAGCAAUGAGAACCAAAAAUUGAAAGAACUUCAUUUCAUCCUGAAAGAGGAGUACCACUUAAACCCAGAGAAAAGAAUCAUUCUCUUUGUUAAAACCAGAGCACUUGUGGAUAUAAAUGUUCUUACUGUGUGUGUAAACAAAUGA